AUGCCCCUCAGCCACCGGCUCGUGCAAGCUCUCGCAGAGGCUCGAUCCAAAGCGCGAUCAGUGUACCACCUCCUGCGUGACCGCGGUGUCAAUGACGACGCACGUGUAGCUGUCAGAAUACUCCUCGGUACUCUCCACAGCCUUUGGCUACUGUUCGAAGACUUUGCAGAACAAGGCACUUCUCCUGCAUGUCCAGACCACACCCUUUUUGACGACUUGGCCGACCUUUUUGAUGACUCCAGCCUUGAGUGGUCGACAGGCUCGACAACACCAAAAGGCGGGCCCCCUCCUCUUUCAGGAUUCGUCUCGAGCAUCUACAAGAUUCAGCUCCAGCUAGAAUCUCUCGUCCGCUGCAACUCUUGGGCCGACUUGCUCGUUCGCCUGUCAACCACCGGCCACCGCAGAGAUAUUUACAGCCAAGACCUUGGUCAAACAAUUGACUCCACACCAAAAGGCCUAGAGAUAGAUGGUGACACGUGUAUGGCCUUACUUCUGAGCGCCGAAUUCGACAAAAAGUUGGACGAUUGCCACACGCACCGACAGUAUGUGGCCGAGAGAGAGAUCAAGCACCCCGAGUUUGCUGCUGCUGCAAAGCUUCUCCCGGACCUGGCCCGCCAAAGAUACACUGAUUACAAGACAUCCCUUCACAUGCUUUUCCAUUCGAGGAAAUCUUCGCACUUCCUUCAGUGGCUUAUGGAAUACGCAAGGCAAGAAUGGCCGCAGCAUUUCAACUUCGGCUCCGGUGCCCUUUCGAUGACACCGCUGCAUCUUCUGAUGUCGAGACUGUCGGAUGAUUCGGUCACCCCUUUUCAUGUUGCUGCUUCGCUGGGGCUUCCCCGGCUCUGCGAGCAACUCAUACAAUGGGGAGUGGACUUGAAUAAGCCGAGCUCUUUGGGAACCCCUCUCUACUGUGCUUUGCUUGGUCCAACGGCACUCUUGGGACGCUCUGACGACCCUGCACAGCUGGUAUCUGACUGCAUACCCACCGACUCCCAGGAGGAGACUCUCAGGGUUCUCUUGGAUGCAGGUGCUUCGUGUACCACGGAAACGGCUGGUCCCUGCCAAGACGAAAACUUCUCCCUGGCAACACUAGGAUUCCUCAUUUGCCAGGAAAUUCGUGCCCCGAAGAUUCUACUUCGCGUCCUCAAGUCGGGUGUCAGUAUCGAUUCGAGGUUUGUACAGCUCUUCCAUGGGAAGAACUCUCUUUUAGAAUACUGGCCAUCACCAUUGAAGCCACCAACCCGUUCGUUCCUUGAAGGUAUGCUUCCCGCGAUUCUCGAUAGAGCUAUCCCCGAAUAUGACAGCUAUAACGAUAUAUCACUAUUGGCCACAGGUAUUUAUGAGAUUCUGGACCAUUUUGAUCUGGCUCGUCCCUCCACCAUUUCUGGAUCUCGGCCUCUUGACGUCUCAGACACCUUGUAUGCGGAACUGGUUCGAGAAGCAGUACAGGAUUGUGAGACAGCAGUUGUCAGAAGACUCAUCUUGGACCCUCGCUGGAAUCCAAAUGCAUCCAUGGCGCCUCAGAGAGCGCAGUCAAUCGCAUCAUCCGAUGAUGGGGUCUCUUUUCACGAAGCUCACAAAGCAACGACAAUCCUCCACUAUGCGGUCGAGGCCGAUGAAAUAGCUCUUGUAGCUGCCAUAUUGACAUCGAGAGAAGAUGUCGAUGUGCAGGUUCGUAACCACAAGGAUCAAACACCCCUGAUGUUAUCAGAGUCGCCCGAGGUCUUUAAACUUCUUAUGGACCAUGGAGCAAGAACUACAGAUACCGACGAGAGUGGGCGUAACGUCUGGCAUUUUGCAGCCGCAAAUUCCGACACCGCUCUACUUGACUGCCUUCAGGAGUACGAUAAGCACUGGGACCAGAAUCUGAGGGGAGUUAUGACUGAUGGUCAGACCCCCAUCGCCCAAGCUGUCAUAUAUCCCUUCAGUCAGAUGAAGAGGCGGCGCAAAAUGACGUCCGAAGCUCCAGUCGGGGCGAUCCACAUGCUCAAGACCUGCAAGUCAGAUGCCGCCUAUCUCAAGAGCCCAACCCCUCUCGUUUUUCUGGCUGUAGAAUGGGGCUCAGCAGAUCUACUCCGCAGCUUGAUCGACUUUGGUGCAGAUCCGUUGGAGAUUGACAGGAAGUGUCGGAAUGCCCUGCACUUCCUCAACGUGUCGGCUAGAGAACCUCUGAUUUCUAUUCUCUUGAGCUUGGACUUUGAGAACAUUCUCAAUGACCAGGACUCAUCUCCAGCGGAAACCGUCUUUCAAAUCUUUAACGACACUGCUUUGUUCGGCCCCACACCAGACAAAAUCUUCAACCACCCAGCCAGUUUCGGAACACUCGAUGCUGGCGUAUACAGCCGUCUCCUUGGCUACAAAGAUAUCCUCAAUAGCCGGGAUGAUGCGGAUAUGGGGCUAUGGGAACGGUUUUCACUCACUGUUCUGGCAACAGAUGCCCCGCGUUGGCCUGCAGGACUGACGGCUCAGCCAUCCCUACAAACGGCUGUGGAGUGCUUGAUUAAGAAGGGGGCUUUGGCCAAGUACGAAGAAGAAAGUGGCCAGUGUGGUCUGAUCCCGGUUCUAUCGGGGUGGCCAAAGGUUUCCGCUAGUCACGACCGGUUUUCUAAGUGGCUAGAAGAUAUACUGUACACAAUCCUAAAAGCCUCGACGAAACUAGACGGCUUCAACGAAGCACCAGCCGCAGUUCAAUGCCUUAGGCUGGCCAUCAAGCAAGAACAUGUUGGCCUUGUCAAACAACUGUUGGAUUUGGGGGUUUCCGUCCACGCACGCUUCGAUAAUGUCUCUGCGCUCGAGUACGCGUGCUCACCACGUUCAAGCUGCGACCUAGUAAUGUUUGAGAAGCUGCUCGAGCACGCCGACCCCGAGAAGCUGAAUGAUGUCGACCGGUUCAAAAUCGGCUUGAUCUUCAGACUACUCGACUACAGAGUUUCGCAUCGCAUGCCAAAACUCUCUGCCCUUAUGAGCAGCGGUUGUAAUCCCAACGCAACGACUCCCUCAGGAAUGCCCGUCGUUGUUUCUUACAUCAUGGAGAGGCAAACUGAGCCCGCUAUGCUUUUACUCAAUGCUGGCGCUGACCCGUCUGCGAGCUCUAACAUGGGCCUCGAUGCGGGACUUGCUGCGGCUUUACGAGGAAAUCUGGUCAUUCUUCACAAGCUCAAGUCAAUCGGGGAAGAAUUCAACUGGGCAAAGCUUUGCACUCACGCUUUCUCGCCUGGUGAGCUGACCGGCUUGACCAGCAGUAAAAUUAUGCACAAGUGCAACGCGCUUCAUUUAGCAGCGUCAAGUGGGCACGCCGAUACUCUCACAUUCUACCUCGAGUCAUUGAAAGUUGAGUCGCUGAGUAUCGAAGCUCCUACGGCUGAUGGCUGGAGGCCUAUCCAUUUCGCCGCUGCCUACGACUCUGACGAUGGGUCAUGCGUUCGAGUCUUGUUGGAACACGGAGCAGAUCCUACAAAAAGCCUGCCGGACGGAUAUUGGAACCCAUUGAUGCUCGCAGUACACGCCGGCAAUAUUUCAAUCGCCCAGCCACUUCUCGAAUUGGAACCAGACAUCGUCAGUCGAAUGAACCUACCUCGAGCCUUCACAAUAGCCCUCAAACGCAAGUCCGAAAGGAUGAUUGACUUAUUCCGGCCGUUUCUCGACAACGUGAUCAUUCCUUCUCCAGAUCUUGUCAAAGACCGCGACGGCCGAUGCAAAGCCCUCGGGGCUGUGAUGGAGCUUUUGUUGGAUGAUGGGAACCUGAGAAGACUCAGCAGUGUUCUUCAGAUGGUCGACCGGGAGACCUUGAACUCUGUCCGGCUUAGCUGUGGAAAAUGUUCACCUUUGAUUCUUGCCACAGUUCAAGGCCAAUUUCACCUCGCUGAUCUUCUCUUGGGCUGCGGAAUGACUACAUGGAAUUUCGUGGAUCGUUGCUCUCGCCACCUGGGGGCGCCACCCGAAAGCAUGUAUCCAUCCUGCACAACACUCCACAUGGCUCUUAUGCAGCCAGAGCAACGUUCGCAUCAUACCAUUGACGCUUUUGUUCAGAAGCUCAUCGAGCAGAUUGACUGGACUCGUCAUGAGCUGAGCCCUGUCCAUUGUGCUGUCAUUAGCGGCCAGGCAUCUAGGGUUCGCCUCAUCGCCAACCACGUCAAAAAGCACGCCCAUAGAUAUGUCGACAUUCUACAGGAAAGCUCAAACUUUCCAACAGAAGACAAGUUGGCAAAAGUUGAAGCGACGGACAAAACAGCAUCGGAUGUAUCGAAGCCUAUGCUUGACGCUAUUUUGAAACACAUUUUCAAUAGACGUGUCCUCGCUGCCGAUUUGGAACCAAAGUUUAAAUACGGAUGGACACCGCUGCUCAUGGCUGUCGACGAGACCAACCUACAAAUGAUGGAAAUCCUUAUAGAGUAUGGCGCAGACAUCAACCUGCCAGACGAAGAUGACUUUGGCACUCCACUCCACAAGGCGGUGGACGAGAACUUUGAGCAAGGCGUCAGACUACUGCUGGAGAAUGGUGCGAACCCAAAUCGUCGAAACUCGGUGUAUCAAACGCCCUUGUUCCUGGCGGUCGAGCUGGGACAGCUUGGUAUGGCCAAGCUCCUCGUUGAGUUCGGAGCGGAUGUCCAUGCUUGCGAUACCGAUGGGAUGAGCCUUCUCAAUACCUGUGGCGAAAAGUCGAAGAAUCCCAAAAUGUUUAUCUGGCUCAUGGAACUCGGCCUGGAUCCGUACAGACUCGAUAAGGCCGGUUACACGCCCGUUCACGACAUCAUCCUCGGCGACGCAUUUUCCAGUCUGACGUUCAACUACGGAUUCGACUUUUACAGGAUUUUGGAUAUUCGCAAGGGUUUUCUUCCGCUCCUCAUCGAAUUCAACCCUCUCAAAGCGAAUUUCAUCAUUGUCAGACUCUUGAAGCGUCUCCCCAUGGAGACUGCGGAAGUCCUGGUCAAUGCGAACCCGCAUGCAUUUGUAAGCCCGCUUUGCAAUGCUGUGCUCAAAGACCAGCUGGAUUGCAUCCCCACGCUGCUUCGCCAUGGCGCAGACAUUGACGCGGAGGGUUGUGACGAGGGCUCUGCUCUAAUGGCAGCUUGUGUAAAGGGAAGCCUCGAUGCGGUAAAGAUACUCGUGUACAGCGGCGCCGGCAUUUCGUAUGUCGCCAUGAUUAACGAUGUUGCUGUCUUGAGAAAUGCGCUCGUAUAUGCCGGCCCGUUCCCGCAGAUUGUGCGAUGGAUACUCGUGGACAGAUACGUCCGCCAAAGGAGAAUCGAAGAGGUUCUGGAUGUGCCCCGUGAAGAGGAAGUGAAGCCCUGGAGCGGUGGCCAAGUCGCGGGUUACGAGCUCUCGGGCAUUGGAUGUCGUACGGGACGGCGUUUUGGAGAGUCUGGACUGGAAUAUUUGAGGCGUCUGGAUCAAAUUAGAUGGGAAUUGCGAGGCCAGAUGGUGAGGCCAGUCGCCCUUCAAGUGGAAAAAGAGGGUUGA